UAAAAGUCACGUAGCUUUCAUGCUGCAAAGGGGCACCCACAGGUCUGCCCAAAAGAGCCGCUUGGUGACGACCUGAGGGGCGGCAGGGAGGAAUCCCCCGGGAGCCACCUCGAAGGCUCUCGCCGGUCCAAAGCGGGCAGCCCAGCCUCGGGCGGCUGCAAGGAAGGGGUGGGACCGACCUGUCUGUUGGGGCCCUCGGUCGCCAUGGCGACGGCAGGCCUGGGUAUAGCAGGCGGGCAGGCAUGUACGACCGGGCUCCGCGCGCCUUGACGCUGACGGUCGGCUGCACCGGCUCCCGCCUGGGCCCCGGCUGCUAUGACUUGCCCUCGGGGACUAGGCAGCUGCGAGGUGGAUAUGCUCCUUUUCUUUCUCUAACAAGUCGUGGUCUUGAAGGCACUCCCCACAACGAUGAGGAUGAUAUUCCUGGGCCAGGAUACUAUGAAAUUGAGAGAACACAGAAAACUAUUAAAGGAGGGCAGAGUCUUCAGUACAAAGAGAAACGUUUCAAGGAGUUCCGCGCUGAUACCCCUGGUCCUGGAACUUAUUGCCAACCUCCUUUAAUAGGUCCAGACAUCACUAAGGCAAAGAGACCACUUAAAGUCACUGCAGCACAGAGACUUGCAGACAGUAUCAAAAUCUUCCGCAAGUCAGAGGCUCCUUCUAUCCCUUCCCAAGGACAAUCAUAUGGUUAUGAAGAGCUGGAGGAUGGGACACUUAUAAAACAUAAGCCUCCUCCAAGAGACAGUACUUUGGGCCCAGCAUACUAUCAGACAAAAAAUCAUGAAACGUAUCCUACUAUGAAGUAUAAAGGAGUGCAUUUUGGCAACUUGACAGAAAAGCGAUACAGAUUUAAGCCACAUGAUGGCCCUGGACCAGCAGACUAUGAUGUAAUUCAAGAAAAUGCAGUGCAUUAUGAAAAUGUCAACAUCAGAAGGGAAGACCAGAGAAAGGCUGAUCUCUUUGUCCCACGGUAUUACGAUGUGAUAGUAUUACAGGAGGAAAAAAAGGGUGUUCCGGGUCCUGGGCAAUAUAACAUAAAAAGUCAGUUUGGAAAAAGUGGUAUGUCACAGAGUGAACCCCAUCAUGCUCCUUUUCUUUCUCUUGCCCAGAGGUUUGCACCUAUGAAAUCAUCCACCCCAGCUCCUGGCACAUAUAAUGAAACACGCUGUGCUCUUGAGUCCUUGAAGAAAGCAUCAAAAGCAAAAAGCAUCCCAUUUGGCAAUACCUCUGUUCGAUUCACUCAAGACUACAGGCUGCAGAAAACACCAGGUCCUGCAUUUUGCAAUAUCCUCAACUACAGCAUUGAAGCAGAAUGUCUUAAAAAAGCUGUUCUGGAAAAAAGAAAGAAAGGAGCAUUUGGUUCUUCUGCUCCUAGACUCCUAUAUUUAGUUAAAAGAGAAGCUUUUACAACUCCUGGGCCUGCUGACUAUCAGGUCAAAGAGACCACCGAAGAAGUACAUAAAAAGAAGAAGCAGUUGUCUGUGUUUGUGUCAGCGACGGAAAGAAUUCCAGUAAUUAAUUCGGAAGCUCCCCCACCAGGUUCCUAUGAUGUUCAAAAAUCGUUUGAGAAGUCACAAUGUAAAAGUGAAUACAUGCCUCCACGAACCACAAUGGCUAAAAGGAAGCAUGCUUCUUUUCUCAGUGGAACAUUUAGGGAACAGAUAUCAAAAGCUGAGAUGGGAAGGCCAGGUCCAGGAACAUACAGCCCAGAGGCAUGCAACCUAGGGGCAAAAUCUCCGUCCAGCGUUACAGUUUGGGUUUCCAGAGUGGAGCGCUUUAAAGAGAGAAGGGACGACACUCCUGGUCCUGGGGCAUAUGAGAUGAGCCCUCUCUUUAGAGAUACAGUACUGAAGAGAACAUACAAUAUCACAUUGAAUAAUCCAUUUCUGAUUCAAGCACACAAUUCUGUUUUCAAAUCUUUGACAGAGAGCCGAGACCGUUUCUGUGCACCUAAUGAAGUAGGCUCAAAAAAGCAAAAUGAAGGUUUAGUAACUGAUAAUAAAUAAAUCCCUUUGAAGGCCUUGGAAGAAAUAUCUAAAGUUUGAUUAUGAUAUCCAUGAAGAGCUCAAAUGUGUCUCGAAUGUUCAGAAAUCUGAAAACUCCUUUUGCAAGAUGGUUUUUGUUUUUUUUUCUUUCUGAGCUUUUCUCCCUAGUACAAAGCCACCGUGCAAAGUUUCCUUGACACUGCAAAUGUAUCUGCCUGCUGUAAAUUUUUCCCCUACGUUGCUGAUAACUUUGCUUUGAGUGUACGUGCGUGCGUGUGAUAAUUUGACAUAUACAUUUU